GUCCAAGAAAACCGUCAAAAAGAACCGACCACCGAAAAAAGCACGAUUGUGAAAAGCUCAAAAUCACUUAAACCUCGUUUGAAUUUCUCUCCAUCAUCGUUAUCAAAGUGAAAAAUGUUAGAGUUUGUUUGCGUGUAACAAACUGAGAGGUUUUGCACCGUGCGCAUGAUAGCCUCAACGUAACACCGUUGCUGCUGUAAAACGGUUUUGGAGUAAUGGAGCCUGUAUUGGACCAGUUCAAAGCUUUUGCUAAAUCCGGUCAUGAUUUUUUCGACGGUGUUUUCCGUCGCCGUAAUCCGUUUGAAAUCCUGAAACGUUUACAAAGAGAAGCUUUCUCUGAUCUUAUGAAACUCAGAGACAGACAAGAAAAGGUUGAGAGGAUGCUUUCCUUCUAUAAAUCAUCAAAAGGAGGUCCUUUUCAGGAAUCCAGUACCCAUGUAAGAGGACAGAUGGAUUUCACAGGAGCUUUAUUAAUCAUGGGAAACUUUAAUCAGCAGAACUUAGAUAUCAUAAACAGGGCUGGAAUAAAAACAGGCAUUGAUUCAAGGUUUGUUUUUGAAACCACCAUCGGUAAAGACAAUGCUCUAGCUGCAGAGUUUGUGGCCAGUCGGAAAGGAAAGGAAUAUCAUGACGAUGUCUUUGAAAUGCCACUUUCACUAGCGAAACUAAGCUAUACGACAAAUGUCAAUGAUUGGUUAUCUCUUACGGCUGUACCAGUGGGUGCUCAAUGCAGAGAUGUUGCAGUUGGUUCAAAUUCUUUUGAUCAGACAGGAAAAGGCCUCACGGAUUUCUCUUCUUUUGGUCCGCCUCUUCUGAAUCUACGUAGUGGUAGUGCCAUUGGCAUAGCUGCGAGAAAGUCAUGUUUUAUCGCUUCAUUGGCUCAAUUUGUAUCUGGACUGGGAAUACCUUUUGAUUCUAAUACACUGGGUAAUAGUUACAGCACAUUCGUACAGCUUGUGUGUCAACUUCCUAGAGGAACAAAGCUGUCUGUUCUCGGUAAUCACCAACUUCCUUUUGUAUCAAAGCAGCUUAGAAAAUUCGGAGCUUUUACAAUUCCAUUAGUCUUGUCCAACCAACAUGAAGCAUCUGAGACAGAACAUGAAGCAUCAUCAUACUUUGGAACACGGGCACAAGUCUCAGGUGGUUCUACUGCUAUAAUGCUGGAGUCUGAUCUUGAUGGCUUUACAAAACUCGGAGGUUGGGUUGAGAUGAACGCGCUAAAUCCCAAAUCUGCACAAUGGGCCAUAACAUUAUCCGAUGUUUCUGAAGAUUCGUUUGGCUGGGGAAUGAGUCUGGGCGGAAUAGGUGCCGAUCAUUUUCAGGCUGAAUCCUAUCUGAAAUUCAACAUGGGUGAUAAAUUUUGCUUGAAGCCGGGUCUUGCAUUUGCAACAGAUGGAGAAUCAAGAAUAGGUGCUAUAAUGCUUCGGUCUAAUUGGUCCUUAUAAUGAUUUUCUUCUGCUGAAUACUUGUUUGGUUUUUCCUUGGGAAAACCUCAAAACAUAAAUUUGGGAUUCUGAAGAAAAUCCAAACAUGCAUUAAUACUAUGAUCUUUUCAAUUUGAUCGGAUUCUCAUUAUUUUUCCUAAGGUAUAUAUAGAACUAAUCAUUUUUUGUCAUUAGCAUCGCUUGAUUCAAUACAUAUAUGAUUUUCAACA